CUUUGGCAAAGGAGGUACUGCGGUCUCAUGGGUAAGUCGUGUGAUUUGGCGCUAGGGUGUCAAUCGACGACAAACAGCAGCGAGGACAAUUUGUGCGGUAGGAGGGUCUCUUGUUCAAUGGAAUGCUAACUGCUGCUUUGACCAUUCAAGCGGCAGCUGUUUGGCAAUCCCGGUUAAGCGAGUUUCAUUACACGAUUUACCCAUGAGACCGUAGUACAAUCGUUCUUGUACUAAACUCCAGCCUCAGCCUGACCGACAUGAAUCCUCAACGUGCGUCUUCCCCUCUUCUGCUCCAAUUUCUAUCGGUGCCUCCAAGAUCUUAUACCUAUGAUCCGUGUUGAAUUCGAGAAGAAAGCUGGACGCGAUGUGGCUCCUCGAUACUACCACGCUUCAGCUCUGUGCAUUUUUCUCCACACCUCCGCCCUAUGCGAUCCUGUCACACACUUGGGGAGUAGAAGAGGUCACCUUUCAAGAGAUGGGAACUCCGGAUGCAGAAAGGAAACGCGGCUUCAAGAAGAUCACUCAAUGCUGCGCUCAGGCCAAGCUGGACGGCUUGAAGUAUGCAUGGGUGGACACAUGCUGUAUCGACAAGCGCAGCAGCGCCGAGCUCUCUGAGGCGAUCAAUUCGAUGUUCCGCUGGUACUCCGAAGCUCACAUCUGCUAUGCAUACCUUGAGGACGUCGAUAUUCACUCACGCUGCUUUUGGGAGACUGCUUCCCGGCAAUCUAGGUGGUUCAAGCGAGGCUGGACGCUUCAAGAACUGCUCGCCCCCAAGCAUGUAACUUUUUUCGACAAGGACUGGUCCGAGAUUGGCACCAAACUGAGCCUGUUGGAUGACGUGAGCCAGAUCACUGGCAUCCCGCACGUUGCUCUGCUACAUCCCUCAAUAAUAUACGAGCACAGUGUGAGCGAGAGAAUGUCCUGGGCUUCAAACCGGCAAACAACCAGAUUAGAGGAUGUUGCUUAUUGUCUUCUGGGGAUUUUCGGUGUUAAUAUGCCUUUGCUGUAUGGCGAAGGCAAGAGAGCUUUCCGACGACUUCAAUUGAAGAUCCUAUCUGGAUCGGACGAUCAUUCCAUUUUCGCUUGGACAAAAGUCCAUGAAUCUGGACGCUUGCCGGAGCCGGUUACCAAGAAGCCGGUUAGCAUACUCGCUGACAGCCCGGCGUUCUUCGGUCGCGGAAUUGUCGUUCUACGCCAGGAGGGGAACUUGCGCUUGUCGACGUCCUCGGACCGAUGUCCGAUUGCGGUAACCAACUUGGGGUUGUCAAUGUCUAACCGAUGUCUUACCCCGAUUGUGGUAACCAACUUGGGGCUGUCAAUGUCUUUACCAAUUGCGAGCUUUCCUCAUAUGGCUGUUUCCGAUCCGGACAUGGAAACAUCCAGAAUUGAUGGGUCUUUCAUCGCCAUCUUGAACUGCCUUUAUCAAGGGCAGCGUGUUGGCAUUCGCGUGUUACGCUACAAUGGCCUAUUCCAGCAAUGGUCACGAUACGGUCGCGAUGCACUCGUAUUCCUUGAUCCCGAACACGUAAGCAGGAUCAAAGCCGAGAACGUAUUCAUGUCUAUCGAGGAUCACGAACGUCCUACAUUGGACGCAAAUUGGAGAGUUGAACUAUGCUACAAAGCAAACAACUUUCUUGCCAGUCCUUCUGAUGCUGCGCACGUCAGACUAUUUCGUGGCGAGGAAGUCGUACGUAUCGAGGACGCAGUCACCGAGGAUGGAGAUGGAGCCCGUCUUGAAUACGACAGUCACAGAACGGAGUACAGGCGUUCGAUCUCGCUCCGUGAUUCCCAUUCCUGGCUGGCUGUCAUGGUCAGAACCAUGGAUGGUCGUUCGCUCACCAUAGCCUUGGGCCCGGCGGGUGAUCACUUCUGGUCCUCCGGAGUCACCCAUCAACAGCCGCAAUCACUAGUUGAUAUAGCCAUACCCUUAUGGAAGAGGUUCAGGGAAUCGUCUUCAGGCUCUGGGUUGUCUCACUGGCAGUACUUUCGGGAUCGGGCUACUUACAAACUGAAUGACUCGUUGCAAUUUCGGAUGACUAUGAAGAGCAUACCGGAGUACCCUUACUCGCCAGGGCUGCACAGGCUCGAAAUAUCGCAAGAGCUUAUUCCCACCACCGUUAGACAAGCUGACAUUCUGUUUCCAAAAUAAUGUCUGAGAUCAUCAGCUACCAUACCAGGUAGUUCGCGGAAGCACAUGCUUAAACGUCGCCAGGUACACCUCCUCCGGCCUUGCCCGCUGUUGCACCCCAAAUGACGUCGUAGUUACCAAAGACACUCUCAACGUGGACAUCUUGGCUAUGAUCAGCGUCGCCGAGAAGGACAAAGACCUUUAAAUCUGGGAGUGACUCGGCGGCGACCUCUUCGCCAUUUGACUGGCAGCAGCGGAUUUUCGUUAGUUCCGGUUAUCAUGACGCAUCAUAUAUGCCAGCCCUAGGCUCACUGGCAAAACGAGAGAGAGAGGGGAGAGGGAGACAAAGAGUCUUACCGUGAUAAUCCUCCACUGUAGCUUUGCAGCCAGAUAUGUCUCGAUGCUAUGCUCGUCAAAGGGCCCGUCGCUUGGGAACUCAUGGAUGUGAAUGUUCUGCCAAUCUUUGAGCAUGGC